AUUGGUUUACUCUAAGAGAUAACCCAUAAAUUGCGUUAGUCUCCAAAAGUCAAAACUCACAUAAGAUCAGUCACGCGCACACACACACAAGAUGGAUUGGUUCUCGUGGCUAUCUAAAACUGACCUUGACCCGACUCUAAGCUACGAAUACGGACUCAUCUUCGCCCAGAAGAAGCUCCCGAGUGAAGACAUCGCUCUUUUCAGCCACAACUUUCUCCGGCAACUGGGCAUUACUGUACCCGAACACCGUCAACAGAUUCUCAAGCUCUCAAAGAGAGAAACACAAGCACAUGGCAGAUAUCACCGUCGUCCGGCCUCGGUUAAACUCAUCUCUACCGUCAUAAGGGCGACAAGUAUUGGCAAUCGCUUGAACAAGUGGAUUUUCUUCGGAGCAACCAGCGUAGUUGAACCAUUGAAGGAGAAGCAAUUGCCACCACAAGCCUUCGGUGGCGGAGCAUUUGUAACUGGAAAUAAUAAAGUCAAUGCGGAAAAGGCACUACAAGUGGAGAGAUUACCUCUGAUGAAGAAUAAAGUGAUUGCGAAAUCUGGACCGUUGGAUCUAAAACACGGUAUGCAAGAGAAAAUGACGUUCAUAGGCAACCGGAGCAUGAACCUAUCUGGACCGUUGGAUCGAAACGUCCAAGAAAGACUCGUAUCAGCUUACAGAAGCCCAGAUGUGUCGGGACAAUGAGGUGGAAACUUAAACGAACGGCUGAGAUUAUCAGGGCCGUUGAAAGGAAGACCACCGAGCCCAAGUGUGUAUAUGGAGUACAAUAAAAGAGAGGAUGAUACACGAUGGGCUGCUCUGUUUCACAACUUGAAGCCAACAUAGAUCUAGAGUAUAAAUGGUUCUUGUUUAAUUUUGGGUAAAAGGUAUGUAGUGUAUCCGUCGUGCUUGAUGUACAAACUAUUAUCUUAUGCUCUUACUUAUGGGGUUUUAUAUUUCUUCUAUCAUGAUGUUGUUCGUUUUUACAAAUUAAGAAGGUGUUGUAAAUGUGUAA